CGCCAGCCGACUUCAACCAGAGCAACAUGACUCCGUUGGCACUGCUGGUCCUGGUUAGCGCGGCGGCCGCCGGAUACGCCCCGGGCUCCGUCUCUGACCCCUACGGCGGACCAUGUGUGGUCGGGAUCUUGGGCCAGCUGCCCGGAGCUGGGGCCUACCCCGUAGCUGGGGCCAACCACGGAGUUAGGGCCUACUCCAGAGCUAUGGACUUCCCCGAAAUUAGGGCCUACUCCGGAGCUAUGGACUACCCCGCAAUUAGGGCCUACGCCGGAGCUAUGGACUACCCCGGAGUUAGUGCCUACUCCGGAGCUAGGGCCUACUCCGGAGCUAUGGACUACCCCGCAAUUAGGGCCUACGCCGGAGCUAUGGACUACCCCGGAGUUAGUGCCUACUCCGGAGCUAGGGACUACUCUGGAGCUAGGACCUACCCAUGGAUCGCCGGGGCGUACCCCGUCGCUGGACCGCGCGCCGCGUCAGGCCCCCAGGUGAACAUCCGCAAGAACGACAGCGUCAACAAUGGAAAACGCAGUUCCGCUUCCGAAUAUGCGACCGCCAACGGCAUCAGAACGGGCGAGACCGGGGCCGGAGUCGAGGAUGUGCGCGGCUCCUACUACUUCACCGACAACGAAGGCAACACCUUCACCCUCGUCUACACCGUUGACGAGAAUGACUACCAGUCGAGAGUCACCCACCUGCCCACCCCAACGCCCAUCCCGGUGCCCAUCCUCAAGGUGGUGGCCACGCCCUACACCGGAGCCGGCGAUCCCAGAGUAGCAAUUGGUGUGUCCGGAGCUGGUAUCCCCGGAGCCGGUGUCCCCGGAGCCGGUAACCCCGGAGCUACUGGCGCCCAACUACCUUACUUCAAGCCACCCGGCUUCGGCGCCAAGACCGUCUACUCGUACCCCAAACCUGGCAAAUAUCAACCCGACACCUCUGAAGUUGCAUCUCGAAAACCGAAGGCCUAGAACUUCAAUUCUCUUCCUCGCUGGCGAUUGUCUCAUUUAUAACCUCUCUGUAAGUUACACCCACAUUUACAGACGCGAUGUCUGUAUGGACGGCGAGGGGUACAACACAUCUUCUGUACUCACCCCUAAAUUUGAGCUGUCUAAUAAUACUCUGGUGAUUUCGAGAUAGUUGAAAUUUUUUUUAUACUUUCUACUUAUAUAUUUUUUUAAAUAACUUUAAAUUAUAUAUAUAUAUAUAUAUAUGAAUUGGAAGAUACGUACAGUGGUUGUUUUCAACUGACACUCCACUCAACUAAAUCUCUCCCGGCACCUUUCCACACACUUCACAUGAGCGCGCGUUGUUUCAGUACUUGAGUUCAUUAUGGUCAGGACGUGAGAGUGUCCUUUGGAGCCAAAUCCUGGGGCAGAUAAAUUUUAUUUCAUUAACAUUCUAUGAUGUAUGAAACGCCCACGUUUCAACUAGUUUCUAUUUUGUGGGUCACAAUUCGUGAAUUGACUGUAAGUGACCAUGACGUCUCAAAAUAAUUUUGUGAGACUGUUUACUUAUACAGGAAGUUUUUUUUUUAAUAACAAUUCCGCUGAUCAUAGCAUCGUAUAGGAAUACUACAGCUUACUGACAUGUGAUACUGGUGUUUGACAUUAUAUAUUCGUUAAGAUAUUUUUUGUUGUUUUUCAACGGUUACCUAUUUCAUAUUUUCCUUGUAUAGAAAUUAAGAUAAGCUUUGGCCAACGGGUUCUAAACUCGCAUCACAAAACUUCAGUUACUUAAUGACUGCUGUAAAGCUCAAUGUCAUAUUACACUCUAGAUCUGAAAGGAACAGUAAAUAGUUCUGUGUAAAAAAAAACUCUGCAUAAAAUUGCCUUUACUUGAAAAAUUCGUUAGAUAAAAUGCAUACAUCAAUAAUUCAACAAUUUACUCAGUUAACAUAAAAUAAGAUUAAUAAUGUUAAAAGGCUUAUUCGUUAUGCAAAAAUACAUUGGGAAUAAAAUCAUAAAGUGAUUUGCCAGUCUUAAUUUAAUCCCUCUUAUAAAUAAUACCACAUAAAAGUCAAAGAUGACAAUUUUACAUCCAACAGAAUGAAUGGUGCUAAUAAAAACAGAAAUUUUAAAUAACAUGUAGCUAUCGAAGUCUGAAAGAUUUCUGUGAUUUGUUUCACAUAUUUCCAGUUAACUUUAAAGGUUUAUAGAACUAACUGUCUAUUUCUUAGAAUGUUUAGAUAUUAGUUUUAAAUGUGACAUUAUUAUGAUUAUACUUAUAUUAUAAAUGUUAUUGUACUAUGUGUGAAAUAAAAUAAAUAAAUUUACAAUUGGUACUAAA